CACCAUCACACGAUUCCAUUCGCUAUAGACGAUUCGCCCACCCGCUCUCGCCUUACUAUAAAUACUCACCCUUACGCUACGGUUUUCACUUUUCUGGAUUUUCAUACAUCAACAACAACAGCAUCUUCGUCUUCUAAUCGGUGAAAACCCUAAUUAUAUCCCUUAAUUACUCAUCAAUUUGCUAUUAAUCAUGUUUACGUUAUAAUCCGCUUUUAAUUGAAGAUCGAUAUGACGUCAUAUUAGCGGUUUUGUUGUUCGAAUAUGAGUAGUUAGGGUUUGAUUUUCGUCAUUUUUGUUGCGGUUUUGUUUGUUGAUUUAGUGCUUUCGUUGAUUAAUUGUUGUUUGUGUAUGAUUUAUGAUUGCUGUGUGGAUUGGUUAUGAUGUUAGGUGUUGUUAAUUUACUUGACGGUUACUAGAUUUCUUAUUUUCUGGUUGUGAAUCUGAAGUGAUUGUUUUUUGAUUUAUUAUGCUGUUGUGUGUGUGCAGAUCUUGUUUUUGAAGUUGUUUGGAUGUGUGUAGAUCUUGAUUGUUGCUAUUUGAAGAGAUUUUAGUUUGAUAAGAAGUGGUUUUAAAUUUUAAUUCUGCUUGUUUGAUUAUACAGGGUUAAGGUUGCGGUAGGUAGUUUUUUUGUGCAAGCGCAAGGGCGAAAAGAAGCACAGAUAGGAGAAAAAAUGUAACGUGUUUAGGAAAUUAGUGCCGGUUUAUGAUAUACAAAGGAAGUAUAAUGAUUAGUGAUUAAAAUGAUCAACUUAUUGUCAACAGGUUUAAAAAUAAUGAAAAUUCUAAGUAACAUAUUUUGUUCGGCAUUACAAAAACAAUCCAUACUUUUAUUCUCAAGUUUAUUUUAAUUAACAUUCUUUGAAUUUGUCUUCUGUGUCUUCUCCACGUGUAUCAUAAUCUUUGAUCAUCAUCUACGGUCCCUGAAGGUGAAAGUUGUGAAGUAGGUAGUUUAAGGUUUAAAGCACAAAGGGUGAGCCUAGGCGCACAAAAAGCACAAGCCUGAGACAAGCAAAGCACAAGUUGGCUUCAUGCUAUAUUUUGAUGGUUCUAGACUUAUUUGGGUUGUUUGAAAAUUAAAAUGGUUCUUUGGCUGGUUCAGACCGUUUGAAACUAGUUUUGGCCAGUUCUGGCAAGUUUUUUCAUGGUUUAGGGUGGUUUUGUUUUCUGGUUCCAACGCCUUUUACGCCCUGCUGCACUCAAGAUGGUUUUACUGCUUGUCACCUGGGCGUCUAGGCGUGUGUCUUUGUCGCCUUUCAUUACAUAGGUUGUGAAGAUCUUUGUUGAUUGUUCGGUGCUCCUAAGUCCUAACCUCUCCAGCCUCACUUGCAUUUGCCAUAUAAACCCAUGUCAAGUCCUGAUUCUCAAAAAUUUGCUCUUCACUUUCGACUAGCAUCCCCCCCUCUUCCGCUAAAAUAAAUAAAUGACAAACAACCAAGUUAACCUAGAAAACUUGUCUGAGAUGGAAAUGAUGGUAUUUUCUUUUGGUUAAAAAAUAAACAAAUUUUGUUGCAGUUUCAUGAGAUGAAGGGACUAGGUAGUAAUUACUCUGGAAUUGUUUUAGUCAUUAUUAAAUUGAUUUAUGCUUCGUGAGUUUGAUUUAUGUGAUCUUUAAACUUGUAUUGUCUGCUAAUUACAAGAAUCACAAAUUGUUAAAUGCAAAAUAAUAUAUAGGUAAGUAUCCAUGUUUGUCUGGAAAGUGGAAACAGUAUCUUCUGGUGACUGCUUACUGUAUAUUAGAAAUAGAAAAUAAUUAUCACAAGGAACUUGAAUUUGUGGUCCGUUUUUCUUCUCUUAUUGACUACCACACCACAAGCUGGACAUAAUAUAUUGGCAGUUUACAGAGGAGAUGGGGUAUAAAGGUAACUCUGUUCAUGGGGAGGUUCCAGAACGCGGUGCGAUAUUUAUGUCAAAUAUUAAUACACAUAAAGAGUGCUUAGAAAGGAAGUUGUUUGGACUACCAUCAGGUAUGUCCAAAUUUGUGCUGCAUGUAAAAGAAGGAAUGACCCUUUUCCUUUUUGAGUUUGAAAGGAGAUUAUUAUACGGUGUAUUUCGUGCUACAUGCGAUGGUGAUAUCAAUAUUGACCCCAAAGCAUUCAGAUCAUCUGGUAAACAGUUCCCUGCACAGGUUCGUUUUACAACUGUUUGGGAAUGUAGCCCAUUAGCUGAAAGUGAGUUCAAGGAUGUAAUUAGGGAUAAUUACUUCUCGGGGAAGAAGUUCAACUUUGGUUUGGAUGAAAAGCAGGUACGUAAACUUAUGAAGCUAUUUCGUUCAAAGAUUAUCUCUAAAAAUUACCCUGAGAGAAAUAUCCGGAGAUAUAAUAAACCAGAAGAAGCAAAUGCAAGAUCCGGUGACCUUAGGAAGGACAUUAGACAUAGGAUAAGAUUCGACAGCUGUGACCUUAGGGGUGACGAAGUCAAAGAAGUAGAUAAUAUGUAUAUAAACAAACAUAUUAUAGAAGAUAUGCAGACAGAUAAGCGGGACGGUUUUCUAACACAUUACACGACAGAAAGUGACAAGUUUGGUGAUUACAGUAGACAUGACAUAUUAGGAAAACACCUUGACCUUAGGGAAAAAGAUAUUGAAGACCAGACUCGAACCUCAACACUCUUUAGCACGAGAAUGACCGAAUUCGACAUGCCGGUUUUCAGCAAACCACAUGGAACACAUCUUGAUGAAAUCGGAUUAGGAAGCAAAGAUAUUAUUGAUUAUAACAGGUUGCAAGAUGAAUAUAAAGUUAGAGAACGUCUUCGGGAAAGUCUGAAUGAACGCACAUUGACCAAUGAUUAUUCUCAUUUCAACCACAACGAUUAUUCAAAUGUUGAUACUACAAGGAUUGAUGUUCCUGAUAUCCAGCUUAGUCCUUGUUUAGAUGACGGGUCGGGUUUUAUUUCCAUUGCUAAUAAUUAUCCGAUUUACUCUAGUCCCGAGAAAAUCCCCAUGACGUAUUUCUCACAUGACGAAGGGUCGUAUCGGUAUCGUGAUGAUCCUGGUUCACAAAGUUCUAUAUUUCCCAAGUUUAUUUCCAGAAAUCUUUCUCUUUCUUCAUCUGAUGCUCGUCUACGUGUGGAUGAUGUGGACCCGACUGAUGAUGAUAAAAGGUGUUAUGAAAAACAUGAAAGUAAGCGUAGUUUUGGCAGUACUCGAAAGAGAGAGAGUGUUUUUUCUCGUUUAUCUUCGACUUUAAGGCACGAAGAACAGGCCUUUGAAACUGAUGAAAACCAUGAGUUAAACUCAUCAGUUAACAAAGUUAUGAAGAUGUUGGAGAAGGUUGUAAGUAGCCCUAAAAAACGAAGUCGAAAAAGCAUUUCAGUUAUAAAACAAGACGAUGCUGAUAACUCGCCAAAAAGUAAGAUUGAAGAUUACGUGUUUCCAGAUGUGAAUUUAGAAGUUGAUGCUGAUGUGGUGGAUGAAGAAGCUGAAGGUGAAUCAGCAUAUCAGGAAACCAGACUUGUGGAUUUUAAGCGUCGUAAGAAGUCAAACAAGAGAAUUGAUGAUGCAAACAAAGAGAACUCUGAAUGCUUGGUAGGCACCACAUCAGAUGUGGGGCCUGUUGCAAAUAAUCUGUUAACGGGUAUGCCACACAAGCGUCGAAAACUGGUUAGGCCUGAUUUUGUUGAAAAAAAUAUCGUUCCCGACAGUGUUGGUACUCAUGAAAAUAAACUUUCCGCAAAUGAUAGCACGGAUGUAGCUCUUGAAGUUUCAGAGAAGGUUGAUGCAUUCAUCGAAUCCGUGGUGCCAACUUGUCGUGAAAAUACACUCGAUGAGAGUAGUUUAACAAAAGCAGAAAGUGAAAGCUCAAAGAAAGUUGACGUAUCCAUCAAACAUUGUGCUCAAGAAAGUAAACUUUUCGCAAAUGAUAGCUCGGAUGUGGCUCUUGAAGGUUCAGAGAAGGUUGAUGCAUUAAUCGAAUCAAUGGUGCCAGCUUGUCAUGAAAAUACACCUGAUGACGGUAGUUCAACAAAAGCAGGAAGUGAGAGCUCAAAGAAAGUUGAAAUUGAUUUAAAUAUGCUGCCAACUUCUGAUGAAAGCUCAUCUUCCAAAGAAGACAACGUAUCAACAAAAGAUGUACUUAAAAGCCAAAACAGUGUGGUUGUGGAAGGGUCGACGUCAAAUGAUGACCAAAAGAUGUGUGGUUGGAUCGAGUGGUGAUAUUCAGACUAUCGUAUAUUGCAUAUAGUUAUGGUGUUUUGGGUGCAAAAGGAUUUUUGGAGCUUUAGUCUUACUAGAAUAUAGAAGAACGAACCUGCUUGAAUUGAUGUUUAGUUUUGUUAAAUUUUGUGAAAGUUGAAUAUACAUUGAGCUGGGCAUUUUUGGGUUAAAGCUCAGCCCCUGGUGUUGAAAUGUGAAACUUUUUAUUAAUUUGUUAAAAUCUGUUUCUUUAGCUU